CGAGAUUUAAAAUAUUAAUGGAGUGAAUUUGUUUUAUGGAUGAGUGUUGAAGUUGUUCAAGGAGAGAGGAGAAGUGUUAUAAAGGUGUACUAAAGCUUGAAAAAUUGAUGCAGCACCCGGGGCCAUUUAUCCAUUUUCUUUCCCGUCAAACCUUGGCUUCAUCAACCUUGUUGUCUACCUCAAUCCCAUCCACCUUUAGACCAUGGACCGCGGGACCGUAGCGGGCAUAUUUUCCAUCCCCUCGUCUUGGCCAAAAGAGUCUCUCCGUGCGUAAUCUUCCUUGAAAUGCGCAGGAGUAGGCCUGGCCAGUCCGGCGCGCAUCUCAAGGUCCGUCGGGCUGAGUUCUUGCUUGUCCUCCUUUCGUGGAGGUGUUCGCUGGAGUCUCCGCGCGGCUGUCUUCCACGACGAGCCGUCUCUCCUGGCUUUCCUCCUGGCCGCGCAGGACCACAAGGCCAUACACGACGAGAAAAUGGCGACUGUUACGACGCAAGCCAGGAGGAGGAGAAGGACGAUUUGCGACCCGCUGGUCAGCCAAUACUCGGCCUCCUCGUUUGGGAUAUCCCGAGGCGUGUGGGUGUGAAGCUUGACGAUGACGGGCCGCCGAUUGGGAUCGUCGACUGUGUCCCAAGUCUCGAUUUUCUUGUCCGAGGAGAAUUCAAAGAAGCGAUGAAAGCUCUGCCAGAUGUUGGCCAUCUCGAGGUAUUCCUGGGAUGUGGUGUUGCCGAGGACUGUGGUAGUGCUGGGAGUGUGGUACUGCGAGGUGUGACUUGCGGCGCCGUAUUAAUGUUGAGAACUUUUUCACGCGUCGGUUUGUAUGCGAGCCGAUUAUUUUACGUAGAUGGUUGAGUAUAAAUUGGCUCUGGCAGCAGAGGCAUCCUUUUAAAGUGAAGACAUGCGUUUGCUCUUCACCAACCCGGAUGGAAGGUUUGUUACGCGGUACCGUCAC